GCACAUCACACAUACCUGCUGACAGCAGACUGACGACCUUACCAGCCUCGUGACCGCUUUCGCCAGGCGCCACGAGAGGCGUAGUUCGAUAUAGACACUUCAGGUCCGGUCCCCCCCCCCCCGAUCUACAGGAAACCGGGCGGACAAAAGGAGGGUAAACAUGACCUUUCUUGGGAGCCUCGCGUUGCUACUUGCAGCAGGGGUGGUUGCUCCGACAGGCAGUCUCACGGCCGCUGCACAGAGCACGACAAGCCAGCCUUCCUUCUUCCUGCAGGACCCGUCCGACGGCCAGUGUCUAGAAGGCGGUACGUUCAAGCGAUGCGGCGUGGACACGCUGUGGUACGUGACGGGCACCAACACACAGUACCAGCUGCACCACCGACCACUGGAAGACGGGGAAGAUGAUACGUGCCUUGACAGAGUCAGCUGCGCGGGAGAGGGCUCCGAGCUAAAGCUUGGCGCCUGCAAGAAGUGCUGCGCAAAGGCGUGGAACAUCCUGGGAGACGCGGAGAGCGGUUACAUCCUCACCGAGGGGGACGGAAACCGCAACUGCCUGCAGAGGGACGGGGAGUCGGCGAAGGUGGCACCCUGCGACUCCGGCUACGCCAGUCUGUCGCUGCAGUUCGCCUCCAAGGAGGACAUCGCCCUCAUGAUGAGCCCCGGAGCUAGGUUCAUCACGGCUGCCUCCGACGGCGACUUGAACGCGGUUAAGACCUUCCUCAAGGACGGCCUGGACGUGAACAGCCAGGACUGGGACAAGCUCACCGCCCUCGUAGCUGCCGCCUCACAGGGUCACCUCAAGGUCGUCAAGCAUCUCCUCAACAACGGCGCCGACGUGAACGCCAAGGACAAGGACGAGAUCUCGGGGCUGAUGGAGGCCUCCAUCAUGGGGCACGUGGCUGUCGUGAAGGAGCUGCUUAAGGCGGGAGCAGAGGUCGACGCGGAGGCGAAGUCCGGGGUGACCGCCCUCUGGCUGGCCGCCGGUGAGGGCCGGAAAGAGGUCCUCAAGGAGCUGCUCAAGAGCGGCGCGUCCGCCAACAACAGCCGCAGCGAUGGUAUCACGGCCCUCAUGGGGGCCGCCGCGGGUGGGCACGGAGAGGUCGUUGAGAUGCUUCUCAAAGCAGGAGCGGACGUCGGCGCCAAGGACCACGACGACGUGACGGCCCUCAUGAACGCCGCCGAGAGCGGGUCUCUGGAGGCGGUGGAGGCGUUGCUGGCCAAGGGGGCUGAUCCCGGGUCGAUGAGCACGACUGCCUUUACUCCCCUCAUCGUGGCAGCCGCCGGGGGCCACCUCGACGUUGUCAAGGCGUUGGUAGCCAAGGGCAUCAAGGUGGACGACAUGCACCCUGACGGCGUGUCGGCCCUCAUGUACGCCUCCGCCGGCGGACACCCGGAGGUGGUGAAGCUGCUGCUGGAGGGCACGGGGCCCGGGAAGGCCGACCCCAACCUCAAGCACGUGCAGGGAGGCACAGCGUUGAUGGAAGCCGCGACGUCGGGCAGCCAGGAGGUAGUCGACCUUCUUUUGGCGGCGGGGGCGGACCCCAUGGUCAGGGACAAGGAUGGAGUCUCUCCGCUCAUGUCCGCCGCUGCUCAGGGACGGGCCGAGGCCUGCAAGGUUCUCAUCGCCAAGGGCAACGACGUGAACGCCAUGGCUAACUCUGGGGGCACCUCCCUCAUGUUCGCCGCCGGCGCGGGGCACACGGAGGCCGCCGAGGUCUUGAUCGCCGCCGGGGCCGACGUUAACGCCAAGCUAGAGGCGAAGCCCGAGUUCCUUGAGCAGCUCGCCCAGACGAUCGCGGACGGUGGCGAGGAGCCCACGGGAGACGACGCCCACAGGGACGAUGUGACCGCGCUGAUGGUGGCGGCACAGGGGGGACACGAGGCGGUGGUGAAACUGCUGGUGGAGAAGGGGGCGGACGUUAGGGCGAAGGACGAGGAGGGGUUCACCCCCCUCCUCAACGCCGGCAAUUUCGAGGAGGUGGCGUCUUUCCUGGUGGAGAGCGGGGCGGACCCUAACGAUGUCUACACGGAUGACGCCGGCAAGGAGCACAAUCUCCUCUUCGACAGCGUCGCUCUCGGCAACGAGGAGUUCGCCGAGCUGCUGGUGUCGAAGGGGGCGACCGCCUCCUACCGCGACGCCGGCGGCGCGUCGGUCUUGGUCCACGCGUCGCACGCCAAGAUGCCCAAGGUGGUGAAGGCCCUGCUCGAGGCGCCAGCUUCGGCCGGCGUGGACAAGGACGCGGCCAGCGACGAGGGAGUUACACCGCUCAUCGCCGCGGCCAUGAAGGGGCACGUUGAUAUCGUGGACAUGCUCAUUGGGGCCAAGUGCAACCUCGACGCAGUAGACAAGGACGGGACAAACGCUCUGAUGGCGGCGGCGUCGAACGGGCACCUGGAGGCGGCCACCAGCCUGGUCAAGGCGGGGGCGGCGCUUGACAAGCAGAACAGCGAUGGUCACAGCGCCCUCAUGUUCGCCUACAACGGUCGCGCACAGGUUGCGUCUCUCAUGGACAAGUACGCGGAGUACUUGGACGACGCCGACGACGCUUCGGGCGAGAGCACUAACAUGAUGCGAGAAGCUAUGGCGCACACUCAGUCGAUCAUCGACCUUUUGUUGACAAGCGGGGCGGAUGCGUCCCUCAAGGAUAAGGAGGGCCGAACGGCUAAGGACUUCGACUACCAGCCGCCAGCUGAGGAUGCGGGGGCAGACGCUACCAAAAUGGAGCUUUGAUGAUUGUUUUUUGUUUGCUUCGCCGGAGUUUCUCACUUCACCUUUUUUUGUGUCUUGGGGAGCUUUGAUAGUUUCCUUGCUCCGCUUGAGUUUCUCGCCACGCCUUUUUAUGUGUUUUGGACAUCAUCAGGUCUGGGUGAGCUAGUUGAUAGCUCGCAGACUCGUUGUUGAGAAUUUGUUUGCUUUGGUUUGGUGGGUGAAAUCGGUCUGUGUCCGUUUGUUUUACCUUAUUUCUUCCUCGUUGGUUCUUUUGUGUGCGGUAUGCAUAGUCUAGAAGAAUCUACGAUAUUGCUUCACAUACCGUCAUUUGGUGUUCGACUCACGAAAGCAGCCAUCGGGUGGAGAUUUUUGGUGUGGUGUGAGCUGCCUGCGUGUAUCCUGUCGGAAAAGGUUUUCUGUCUCGAUUGGCUUCCUUCCGCCAUGAGUAGCGGUUAGACAAAUCCAAACCCCGCAGCCUUUAUUUUCUUUUGUUGAAACAGAUGGCUUUCCACGCCACAAAAGUGCUGUUGUAGAGGCGUUUUGCUGUGCCGAUAGCUGCGGUUGUGCUGAGCAACAAAAUAUAUGACGGCUCACCCGGAACCGAGAAAGAAAGCUUGCUGCCAGGUCUGUUGAGCCACGAGACCCAGAGCAGGAUGCGAAUAGCUCGGCACGGCAUCAAAGCAUUUCUGUAGUGGCAGGUGGGUGUGGUUGUGCAGGUUUCCGGCUCUGUUGGCGGAAGUCGAAAGCAAUACACCCAUAUCGCGCUGGGUGCUCGAGAGCGCGCUCACUUGUAGAUUCGCAGCCAGCCAUGAACACUAUGUUUGCUUGUAGCAGUGGUGCUGUCCCUUUUUCAAUGUCGCUUUGGGUCGUCUUGGGCCCCCGUAAUGGUGGCGACGUGGGCGGAGACCAAGGCACCCAAAACUGCUGCGCGCCAACGAACGGAGACGAUGAGGUCGUCGCGGCGCUGGGCGGAUACCGAUGUGACAGCUCAACUGAACAAAUGAAAUCCUCUUCUUCC